CAGCCACGAGGAGCAGCCCUCUCACCUCCCAAGAGUUCGAUCUGAUCAGACGCAAGGCUGGCAUAGCUUGGCAGAAAGAAGCAAGGUGGUCAGAGCGUUCUGUGACAACAUAUGAAGGCAGUUACCGGAAAAAACAACUGGAUGAGCCCACACGCAGUCGAUUUUCUCUUAAAGCAGGACAGCAUUGGCCUGAGUGUAACCAGAUGUCAUCACCAAAUGGCUCUGCCUUCAGUUCCACACUGUCUAAGGCUGGUCCCCGAGAGUCUAUAGAUGCUAAGGGACUAUUACCUCAUAUAACCAAUUCUUUCAAAAAUUCACAAGAUAUCAAGCACAGUGUGGCGCACCAAAUUCUGUUUAGUGAUUUUUCUCCAGCACCUCCAAAUUAUGAAAAAUCACGUAUGAGAACUAAAAAGCCAGCACCUAAGAAUCUGAUGAUCUACAAUCGACUAAAGAAUGACUUUCUGAGGCGUUUUCAGAACCGGGGUAAUUCUACCAGCAAGAUUGGCUCGUCUGAAGACUCAGAAAGUGAUCAGUACUCCGUUUACACUCUGGGAGGAUCGUUGUCGUCACUUAACUGAGUCAGAAAACCCAGUCCCAGAGCUGGAGGCCUGCAGCUUCCUUUAGUUAUCGCCUACUUUGAGACCCAGCUAUCAAGAAUUAUCUAUAGAUCUGCUGCCUCAUAAAGAAGAGGUCUUGGUUGAUAACUUGAGACUAUUCAGAGCCUGGAUAGGGGAAGACUGCGUACCUCCAGUCACCACACUUGACUUACCCCAGGGACUGCUCUAUGGAUAUCUGCUUUGUUACUUAAUGGUAGCUAUUCGCAAAAUAAACCUUUUUUUGUUUUGA